GCCGCCGGCGGCCGGGAAGCGGGCGGCGAGGGACAGCCAGGACCCCGGCCCAACAUGGCUGAAGUCGGCAUCGACCAGUCCAAGCUGCCCGGCGUCAAGGAAGUGUGCCGAGAUUUUGCUGUCCUGGAGGACCACACCCUGGCCCACAGCCUGCAGGAACAGGAGAUUGAGCAUCAUUUGGCAUCAAAUAUUCAGCGGAGUCGUUUGGUCCAGCAUGACCUUCAGGUGGCUAAGCAGCUCCAAGAGGAAGAUCUGAGAGCUCAGGCUCAGCGCCAGAAGCGCUACAAAGACCUUGAGCAACAGGACUGUGAAAUUGCUCAGGAAAUCCAGGAGAAGCUGACAAUCGAGGCAGAGAGACGACGUAUUCAGGAGAAGAAGGAUGAGGACAUAGCUCGCUUUUUGCAAGAGAAGGAGUUACAGGAAGAGAAAAAAAGAAAGAAGCACUUUCCAGAGUCCUCUGGCACCAACGCUUAUGGAGAUAGUUACUAUUAUGAAGAUGGAGACCAGCCAUGGUCAAGGAGGGCAAGGGAUUUGGGUUCUGGAUUCUCAAGGUCUCCUAGACCCCAAGGUGAUAAAAAGACUGUGAAGCAGAGGAAGGAGAAACCAAAAUAUCCGCUGGAAAACAUGGAAGAACUCGAAGAGCAUCAUUCAUCAGAAAGAACUCUGUCAUCCUCCAGUUGGGGAAAAAUGAGGGAUGAUCCUCAAAUUAACUCUGAGCAGCAUGAUAGGAACCGACCUAUUUGUGAGAGACCCCGAAAACCUCCACUUCCCAAGAUCAGUGGUGAAGUAUUUCUGAGUACUGAAUUUGAUGACCAGGAAGCUGAUAGUAGCCAUCGAACUCAUAAUUGGGAAAAAGAGGCCAGACACCAAGAUCAACUUUCUCUCAAGUCUUCACAGAAAAUAGGGCUUCACUGCCAGGAAGCUAUAUAUGGGAGGAAUCACAGGCAAGGUGAGCACAAAGAAAGGACACGCAGACCCAGGACUCCUCCCUUCUCAGAGAGUGAGAAACGGCUCCAACUUAACAACACAGGAAUGAAAUCAAGAACGAUGAAAGAAGUUGUCUCUACUCCAUCACGAGUGACCCACAGGGAUCAGGAAUGGUAUGAUGCUGAAAUUGCCAGAAAACUGCAAGAAGAAGAAAUUUUGGCUACCCAAGUGGACAUGAGAGCAGCUCAAGUUGCCCAGGAUGAAGAAAUCGCUAGACUUCUAAUGGCUGAAGAAAAAAAAGCUUAUAAGAAAGCCAAGGAGCGGGAGAAAUCAUCUCUGGACAAAAGAAAGCACGACCCUGAUUGGAAGCCAAAAACAGCUAAGUCAACACACUCAAAAUCAAAAGAGAGUGAUGAACCACACCGUUCUAAGAAUGAGAGGCCAGCACGACCACCACCACCUACCAUGAAAGAAGCUGAGGAUUUGGAUUUCACUCAUGCAACAAACCAGCAUAGUUCUACACGUCAUUUCUCAAAAUCAGAAUCCUCACAUAAAGGUUUCCAUUAUAAGCAGUAAAAACCUAGGAAUCUGCCUUGAAAAUGGACUCACUAUAGGAGAUACUGCUAGAUGAUGAUACAGAAUACAUUCCAUGCUUAUUUUUUUUUUUCUUCCUGUGUUUGUAUUCCUGGGAUUUAGCCUCAUAUGUUUUAUUGGCCAUAAAAAGUCUUAAUUUAUUUAAAAUGUUUUGGUUAUUCCUGAUCACUUGGGCAGUCAAGAAAAUCUAGCUUCCGAAGAUUGGCCACCUCUACAUGGCAUAUGCUUCCUGUGAUGUAGUACCUAAGAGCUCUGCAAAAUGCCAUUUUUUUCCCUUAGGUAUGGAAUAUUGGUAUCUAGGGGCUAGAUUUUAAUUAGCAGUUAGAAUUUUUUAGAAAUCAUCAUUAAAGUAAAACAUAUUUGGAUACAAUGCAGAAUAAA